AUCUACCUUUAUUAAAGAAACGAAAGUAGGAAGUAAUCAUCAGUUCUUGCUUAUAAUUCGAUCAAAACCUAUCUUAAACUGUGAUUGGAUACCAGAAAAGUAGGUAUUUUGUGUACCUCAAUCUAGUAUUGCUGUUCUGUUUUAAGAUGGCAACAUUCCUGUCACAAGAAGAUAUAAAUUUUCUACGAUUAGCUGGUUUGUUGAUAAGAGUCGCACCACGUGCUGUAAGACGAAAGUUUGACUUUGAAUUCCAUCCAGAACAGCUACAACAAUUUUUGAGAGAAAAACGAGGCAAGAUAGAUGACCUAAGACGUAACAAGAGAGUAAUUACAUUGGCACAGUAUGAUUUAUUAUAUCCUAGAGGCUCUACAGGAGUAUUAUCAGACAUGUUUGAUGUAUCAUUAAUGGCAUGUUUACUCAGACAUUUCACAGAUCUAGACAUCCAAGAAAGUCUUCCAGUGAAAAUAAACCAUUCUGUUGCUGCAGAUAUUUCCAGGAUAAAAUUUUACAGAAACUCCAUUGUUCAUUCUGACAGCGGUAAAGUCGACGAAGACAAGUUCUUGGAGAUUUGGAACUGUGUGACUGAGGCAAUACUCAGGCUAGCACCAGAAAUGAAGCAAGAGAUUGAUGCGUUGAUAAGUUCAUCGUUAACUAAUGUCACUGAUAUCAUAGAUUGUAUACGGCUUGAGAAACAGUUAAAAAAAACAAAUCAGCAUAUGGUAACAAUCAACAAGAAAUUAGAGACGCUAGAAAUAGAAAAAAAUAAUAUAACAGAAAUACAACAACGAACUUUGAAAGAAUGGAGAAAUAAUGGCAAAAAAUACAUUCCUACCUCAGCAACAAUGUUUAUACUAGAAUCAUUAAACAAAACGACGGGUGUUAUUAUUACUGGAUCUCCAGGCUGUGGAAAAUCUGCAGUCGCUCAUCAUGUAGCAUUGGAAUUAGAAAAGGAGAAAUACGAUAUAAUUCCUUGUGAUGAUCCUUCAGGAAUCAUUAUGCAUUUUACAAAAGAUAAAUUCCAAGUUUUUGUAAUUGAUGACGUUUGUGGUAAAUUCUCUCUUAAUCAACAAAAAGCAGAAGCAUGGGAGCAAAAAGAUUGCAAAUUAAGUAUGCUAAUUGAGUCUUGUAAUCUGAAUGACGACGAUGACGAAAAUGAUAGCAAAUCAACCACGUUGAUAUUGCAUUCCUGGCAAAUCGUCACAACAGCAUUAUCGGCAACCUGCCUUAAUGGUCACACUGAGGUUGCUCAACUGUUAUUAGACAACAAAGCAGAUAUCAACAGUAGAGAUACUUAUGGACAAACUGCUUUACAUUCAGCCUGCCAAAAUGGACACACAGAAACUGUGAAAAUAUUGAUGGAAUUUGGCAUGAAUGUCAAUCAGAAAAAUAAAAAUGGUAGAACACCACUGUAUGUUGCCUGUAAACAUGGUUGUUAUGAUACAGUGAAAUACCUACUUGAUUUAAACGACCAAGCAUUAAUAAGUCGUGUAGAUACAACAAUAAAAAACGACAAAGGAUUUUCAGUUUUACAUAUAGCAUGUUUCAAAGGACAUUUAGAGGUAGUAAAGUUAUUGAUUGACGUUGGUAUGAAUCUUAAUGAUACAACAACAAUCAAUGUUACACCACUAUACAUGGCUUGUUAUAAUGGUCAUUAUGAAACAGUGAAAUACUUACUUCAUUUAAACGGCAAAACAUCAAAUAGUCGUGUUGAUACUACCAUUAAACAGAAAGAUGGAUUGUCAAUUUUACAUAUAGCAUGUUUCAAAGGACAUUUAGAGGUAGUAAAGUUAUUGAUUGACGUUGGUAUGAAUCUUAAUGAUACAACAAAUGCAGGUUCUACACCACUUCACAUGGCUUGUCAGAAUGGUCAUUAUGAAACAGUGAAAUUCUUACUUGACUUAAAUCGCCAAGUAUUAAAUAGUCGUGUCGAUACUACCAUUAAACAGAAAGAUGGAUUUUCAGUUUUACAUAGAGCAUGUUUCAAAGGACAUUUAGAGGUAGUAAAGUUAUUGAUUGACGUUGGUAUGAAUCUUAAUGACACAACAAAUGCAGGAUAUACACCACUAUACAUGGCUUGUCAGAAUGGUCAUUAUGAAACAGUGAAAUACUUACUUGAUUUAAACGGCCAAACAUUAAAUAGUCGUGUUGAUACUUCCAUAAAAGAGGAAGAUGGAUGGUCAGUUUUACAUAUAGCAUGUUUCAAAGGACAUUUAGAGGUAGUAAAGUUAUUGAUUGACGUUGGUAUGAAUCUUAAUGAUACAACAACAAUCAAUUUUACACCACUACACAUGGCUUGUCAGAAUGGUCAUUAUGAAACAGUGAAAUACCUACUUGAUUUAAACGGCAAAACAUUAAAUAGUCGUGUUGAUACUACCAUAAAAGAGACAGAUGGAUUUUCAGUUUUACACAUAGCAUGUUUCAAAGAACAUUUAGAGGUAGUAAAGUUAUUGAUUGACGUUGGUAUGAAUCUUAAUGAUAGAACAAAAAACAAUUCUACACCACUACACAUGGCUUGUCAGAAUGGUCAUUAUGAAACAGUGAAAUACUUACUUGAUUUAAACGACAAAACAUUAAAUAGUCGUGUUGAUACUACCAUUAAACUGAAAGAUGGAUGGUCAGUUUUACACAUAGCAUGUUUCGAAGGACAUUUAGAGGUAGUAAAGUUAUUGAUUGACGUUGGUAUGAAUCUUAAUGAUACAACAACAAUCAAUUUUACACCACUACACAUGGCUUGUCAGAAUGGUCAUUAUGAAACAGUGAAAUACCUACUUGAUUUAAACGGCAAAACAUUAAAUAGUCGUGUUGAUACUACCAUAAAAGAGACAGAUGGAUUUUCAGUUUUACACAUAGCAUGUUUCGAAGGACAUUUAGAGGUAGUAAAGUUAUUGAUUGACGUUGGUAUGAAUCUUAAUGAUACAACAACAAUCAAUUCUACACCACUACACAUGGCUUGUCAGAAUGGUCAUUAUGACAUAGUGAAAUUUUUUCUUGAUUUAAACGGUCCAGAAAUAAAUAGUCGUGUCGAUACUACCAUAAAACACAAAGAUGGAUCGUCAGCAUUACAUCAAGCUUGUUUCAAUGGACAUGCUGAAAUACUAAAGUUAUUGAUUGAUAUCGGUAUGAAUAUUAAUGAAAGAGACAAUUAUGGAAGAACAGCUGUUCACUUAGCUUGUUUGAAGGGACAUGGUGACAUUGUGAAGAUUUUAAAGGAUAAUUGUGCCGAAGUAGAAACACUUGAUAGUGACAGACGUACGCUAUUAAUGUGUGCUAAAGACAAAGGUUAUUCCGAUAUUAUGAAACUUUUGAUAGAAUAA